AUAUUACAACAUGUCUGGUCGCGGUAAAGGAGGCAAAGUCAAGGGAAAGUCAAAGACCCGUUCCAGCAGAGCCGGACUUCAAUUCCCCGUUGGUCGCAUCCAUCGAAUGCUUCGCAAGGGAUCGUACGCUGAACGUGUCGGUGCCGGUGCCCCUGUUUAUUUGGCUGCUGUUAUGGAGUACUUGGCCGCUGAAGUUCUUGAACUGGCCGGUAACGCAGCUCGUGACAACAAGAAGACUCGUAUCAUCCCUCGCCACUUGCAAUUGGCCAUCCGCAACGACGAAGAGUUGAACAAACUUCUAUCCGGUGUCACUAUUGCUCAAGGUGGUGUUCUGCCCAACAUCCAGGCUGUUCUCCUGCCCAAGAAGACCGAUAAACCAGCCAAAGCUUAAGUCUUUCCUCAUCACUAAAACCAACGGCCCUUUUUAGGGCCACCACAAGUUACUGAAUUGACGGUCUGCUGCCAUACUAU